ACGUGAAACAGCUCCUGCUCUCACACACUAAAAUCCCGGUCUCACACACACUAACAUCCCGGUGUCUGCACACACACUAACAUCCCGGUCUCUGCACACACACUUUACAUCCCGGUCCCUGAACACACCGUGCCGUGGCUGCAGGAAAACGGUCCUUCUUUCCCUCCUCUUCCUCCUCUUCCUCACUUUCUUCUGACUGCAUGUUCAGCCACACUGCCUCCCCUCCUCUCCGCGUCUUCACUUCGGCAUGGACAGCCGGGUACUCGAGCAUCCUCACGCCCAGUUCGGAGGCUCCUUGGGCGGAUUGGUGGGCUUCCCGUACUCGCUUGGUGCCCAUCACCACCACCACCACCACUCCCUGUACGAGCUCGCGGGGGGACACCAGCUGCAGUCCGCGGCCGCCAACCCCUUCUCUAUAGACGGAUUACUGAACGGAUCCUGCUCUGCCUCGGUUGUCAACAACCCGCUGCUGUCGCCCGACGGAGGGCAGUUCAAACUCUCAGAUUCUGGGGACCCGGAUAAGGACAGUCCAGGUUGUAAACGGAGACGAACGAGGACAAAUUUCACGGGGUGGCAGCUGGAGGAGCUCGAGAAGGCUUUCAACGAGAGUCAUUACCCGGAUGUGUUCAUGCGGGAGGCGCUCGCGCUCAGGCUGGACCUCGUGGAGUCUAGGGUUCAGGUUUGGUUCCAAAACCGCCGAGCUAAAUGGAGAAAGAAGGAGAACACAAAGAAGGGUCCGGGGCGGCCUGCUCACAACUCCCACCCCACCACCUGCAGCGGCGAGCCCAUGGACCCCGAGGAGAUCCAGCGCCGGGACCGAGAGCGAGCCGAGAAGAAGAAGAGGAAGCAGGAGAGGAAGCUGCUGAAGUCGCAGAACAAACUCCUGUCAGGGGACAGCUUCCACACGCCGGGGGGCUCGGAGAGCGACAGCGGGGUCUCCCAGUUCACCGACAGCGAGCAGCAGUGUCCGAGCGUCAGUGGGAGUAUUCACCUCGACCUGCCUGCCUCCAAAUCUGCUGACCGAGGACACCCAACUGAAUCCAUCUGUGACCAAACACGACACGACUUCAGCCCACUACAGAACCACCAAAACCAAAGAACCGCAGGGGAACCGGAGCAGGUUUCUCCGGGCAGCUUCACGCUCAGCUCCAGCCCCGGAGGUCCCAGAUCCUCCGCCCUGCAGAAACGAAACCCUUUCAGCGUGGAGAGCCUCCUCUCCGACGUCACGCCUCGACGGAAACCUCAGCUGGACUUCCCCUCGCUGCCCAGCCAGAGGACUCUCAUAGGGAAAGGCCACUUCUUGCUUUACCCAAUUACCCAUCAGCCCUUGGGUUUUCUGGUGCCCCAAGCAGCCCUGAAGGCCUCGCCGUGUCUGGGACAGAUGUUUGUGCCGAGUGAAGGAAGCCCUGACCUCUCCAGCUUUGUCUCUAAGCCUCUACACUCGGAUCAUACGGAGCACAACAAUCACAUUAGCAAUAGAGCGGCUGGAGACAGAGGUGACUGCAGCAAUGCAAGACUUCCUGUUUCUCCUCCGGCUAACAGUGAGGCUCAGGGCAGAGACAUUAAGGAGGAAAGGAGUUUGAAAGUUCUCAGCAGCAAUGCAAGAUUCCCUGUUUCUCCUAACAUUGAGGCUCAGGGCAGAGACAUUAAGGAGGAGAGGAGUUUGAAAGUUCUCAGCAGCAAUGCAAGAUUCCCUGUUUCUCCUAACAUUGAGGUUCAGGCCAGGCUCAGCUCCUCUCCGUGCAGAGACAGUAUCGAGGAGAGGAGUUUGACAAAUGGCUGCCAAGCUGCCGAGCUGCGUGCCGAAGAGAAGGGUGCGAGCGAGGCGUCUCCAGCCCUCUCCGAACGUCUCAAGGCAAACACAGACUGUCAAGAAACACCCGGAACAGAUGGAGAGGAUGUCGAUAUGGACUAACACUUUGCAAGGAGCGCAAACAUAAACAAAGGACCAGGAACAACCGCUCAGACUAUUCAAACAUUCCCAAAGCUCUGCUGAGACACUUGGAAAAACAUAUCAGGAAUCAGGAGACCUAAUUCUCAUCUAUUUUUUAAUCAUCACGUGUGAUCAAUCCAGAUGGCGCCCCUUUUAAAAAGCUAGUGGCUGUCUUCAUAUUUGUAGGCCUUUAGAAGCAGGUUCUUUCUCUUUUUUUAGUGACCUAUUAAAAUCUAGGCGACAAUAAACAUCUCACACACAACAAAAAUCCUCAGAUAUUGUAAAAAAAACGAGAUAUUUAUAUGUAAACACUUUUGAUAAAUAAAGUUAUUGUUUAAAUUGAAUCACUGUUUUUCUAGGAGCAUAUUGAAAAGGGGGUGGGGGUUGCUGUGUGGCAGAACCUUGGAGUUUUGUCGUGUUACAGCAGAUAAAUCCUCCUUUUUCUCUGUAUAGGAGGCUCAAGUCCGUCUGGCUGUUUGUAUUUAUUGCUUUAACAAAUUUAUUCAUUUGAAAGGCCGAGCUGGAAUGAGGUUAGUGGCUGCGGGCUAUAAGGACCCUGCGCCUCCUGCUGAGUUUUGAUAUGAAAGUAAUUAUUUUCCCACUGGCUGCCAUGGCUCUGGAGGCAGUUUUUUUUUUCUUCAUCCUCCUCCUCCUCCUCCUUUCAGCCCCAAAGGGUUAUUAGACAUUACCGAUUUCUAGUGAUACGGAAUCACAUAAACUUCCUACAAUAAUAGAAUUAGCAUGAAAGGCAGAGGGUGUCAAAUUGAAAUGGGGAAAUAAUAGCCGUGCCAGCUGCAUCGUGUGUGUGUGUGUGUGUGUGUGUGUGUGUGUGUGUG